CGGUGUUUGCCUGAGAACAGCGCCGACUGUCGGCAUGCUGCGAGCGGGAUGACGGGCCGAGGAGUGCUGCUGUUCUUACGGACGACGAACGUUUUUAUUACUUCUUAAUCCUGACUAAAAUAACUUAAACGAGAAUGAACAAGAGGUAAUUCAUACGGAUUGGGUUCGGAGUAGCAGAUUUUCCUGCACAGUCCAUGUGUGAAUGAUUGUCAAGAAAAUGGUUGGAUUUCAUUGGCUAGAUCUCCAUGUUUGAUGAAUCCUUGUGACUGGAGACACAGAAGCCAGAAGUCUCGGUGGUAUCGUGAAGACGUGAACAGUGCUGAUUUGAGCAUAUGGCAGAACAUGCGGAGCUGCUAGCUGAGAUGGCCACAAUCGGGCGUCUCUCAGCUACAGAACGUCUGAAGCACGCGCAGAAGAGACGCGCUCAGCAACUCAAAGGCUGGGCUCAGAUUGAAAAAGACACCGCUCGCAAUCAUAAAGAUAACGGGAAAAGCAAGAAAGUGACCUUUCCCACCAACGUGACCUUACUGGAGGCUGCAGCUAGGAAUGACCGAGACGAAGUGCAAGAGCUGCUGAAUAAUGGAGUCAGUCCAGACCUGUUUAAUGAAGACGGCCUCACAGCACUACAUCAGUGUUGUAUAGAUGAUUUUGUGGAUGUGGCACGUUGUCUUCUGGAUGCGGGCGCUAACGUCAACGCGUGUGACAGCGAGCUGUGGACUCCACUGCAUGCUGCAGCCACCUGUGGACACACCAACCUUGUCCAGUUACUUCUAGAUGCGGGUGCAGAUCUGUUGGCAGCGAAUGCAGAUGGGAACAUGCCGUAUGAUCUGUGUGAGGAUGAUGCCACGCUAGAACUCAUAGAGAUGGUCAUGGCUGAGCAGGGAAUCACUCAGGAACGAAUAGAUGAAUGUCGCAGAGCCAAAGAGAGAGAGAUGCUGCAAGACUUGCACAAGCUGCUUGCGAGUGAUGGCGAUCUGGGAGUGAGGGAUGAGCAAGGCGCGAGUCUGCUGCACAUAGCCGCUGCUAAUGGGUACGUGUCUGUUGGCGAGCUGCUGCUGGAAAACAAGGUCUCUCCUGAUGACAAGGAUGUUGACGGCUGGACACCCCUUCAUGCUGCCGCCUGCUGGGGACAGAUGCAGAUGGUGGAGCUCCUGGUGGCAAAUGGCGCAAGUCUAAACGCCAAGUCUAAUCUGGACGAGACGCCUCUGGAUGUGUGCGCUGAUGAGGAGGUCCGGGCCAAAAUAAUGGAGUUGAAACAGAAGCACGAUGCCAUCAUGAAGGGUCAGGAGAAGCACAAGAGUGCUCUGCAGAGACGCGUGUCCAGCGCAGGCAGCAGAGGUAAAGUGGUAAAACGCAGCAGUGUAAAUGAGCGCAGCAGUCUCUACCGCAGAGAGCAUCAGAAGGAGGCCAUGGUGUGGCAGGAGAGACAAACAGAAGCGCUGGAAGAUGAUGAGGACAGACAGACAGACGCUGAACUCAACACUGCACUGGUGUCUAGCUUUGAUUCCUCCCCAAUCCCUUCAUCACAGGCUGCUGAUGUGCAGAAGGGACCUCAGGACUCGGUUUUGGGGAACGGCAGUGUGCUGUCAUCGUCUUCAUCUCUUCCGGGGGAGGAUCUAGAAGGAGGCCUCACGGACCGCAGCGCCUCCUAUCAGCUAGCCUCCGGAGGUGACGGUAUGAGCAGAGAGAAAUCUCACCACACGCUUGCCGAUCUCAAACGACAAAGAGCUGCCGCUAAACUUCAAAAGCACCCCGCACCGCCGUUACCUACGUCCGCAGGCAUCCAGGAUGAGUUUUCGGUGGAUGAGACGGUCGCAGAAGCGGCCCCGGCUCCCCUAGAGUCCCGUGCUCCAGAGCAACCUGAUGUGACCUCUGAUGCUGUGUACUUUACCCCAUCUAGUGGAGAUCCACCGUUAUUAAAGCUGAAGGCGCCGGAGGAAGACACCAGCACCACGAAAGAGCCAUGCUGUGGGCUCAUGUAGUGAGAACACGGCAAUCACAAAACGCUGAAUAUCAGGCAGGUAUGUGGAAAUGAGCCAUGCUGUGGAACCUGCACAUCAAGUAUUUCAACACUAAUAACAAUAUUAGCUUGCAUGAUGGAUGGAUGGACAUUCACACAGCUUCUGAUGAAUAUACAGAAACCCAUGAAUCAUACGGAGAAGGUUUUCUCAAGUGCAAUACUUCACACUCCAACACACUACGCACUAUAUGAUUCAAUAGCUGUUUUAUGGCAUUUUUUGUUAAAUGCUAAUAAAGUAAAACAGUUUAGAUGUUCAAUAUAAACGCAGUCUUGUGUGACUCAAACUACUGUAACCGAGAGGAAUAUCUCAUGUAACAGAUUUGUGUGAUGGAUCAUUACAGUUUAUUUCAUUAAAGGAAUAGU